GUAGCAACCCCCUAAUUAAGCUGUCCAUAACCGUUGUGACGAAAAUAUUACCCCAUGCUCUCAACAUCCUAUCACCACCACUUCCUCCUCCUCCUCCUCCUACUCCUCCCAACCUUCAAUCAUGCCGUCAUCGGCGAUGUACCUGAUAAUGAUACAAGGUACUUCGUCGGAGAGCAGGAUGCACUUCUAGCCUUCCGGCAGGCCUUCCGCCGCCUCCGGGACGAACCCAGCUGGAAGGGACUACACUGCUUGUUGCACAACUACUCCACAUGGCAUGGCAUCACUUGCCUCAACUAUCAUGUCACAGCCAUCGAUCUCCCAGACUUCGGCCUCUCCGGCCAGCUCGACGACCCCCUAGUGCUCGCCAACCUCACCGAACUCACCGUCUUAUCUCUCCGAAACAACUCGAUCCAGGGUGCCAUGUUGGACUUCUACUUCAACCUGGAGCUCACAAGCAUCGACUUCUCAAUGAACAUGCUCAGCGGGCCGAUCUCCGAUUCUUUGCUAUAUCUUGAUAGCUUGGAGUCUUUGCGGCUUGAUCACAACAUGUUAAAUGGGGCAAUCCCGCCACUGAAUCAAUCAAGCUUGAAGGCAUUGAACCUCUCAUAUAAUUACUAUCUAACUGGGGAGAUUCCUCGGACCGCCACCCUCCAAUCGUUCGACGAAUCUUCUUAUCUCGGUAAUCCAGGCUUGUGCGGCAAUCCUGGUCCUAUAUCAUGCCAAAACCGCCCAAAGGAGAAAACAAGUUCGUUCUCAAAUGGUCUACUUUUAGCCGCUUCGGUAAUUUUAUCUGUCACCAUGCUAAUCUUUUUGGCAAGGAGCAUCCGCGAUUAUUGUAUGGAGCCAAAAGAGAGCGAGGUAGUGAAGGAGAAGAGUUUCCAGCUAGAUUUCUCUGGGGUGAAUGUGAAUAGAGAUAACUUGACGAGUGAGGAGAGAAGAGAAGUAGUGAAAGAAGUGAGGAAGAAGAUAACCUUUGUGAGGGCUGGUGGUGGUUUUGAUCUCGACAACCUUCUGAAAGCCUCGGCUGAUGGGUUGGGGAAGGGGAGCUUCGGGAGUUGCUACAAGGUUGUGCUCGAUGAUGCACGGUCGAUCGUGGUGAAGAGGCUGAGGGAACUGAGCCCAUUAAGCAGCGAAGAAUUCUCGAUACGCAUGAGAGCUCUUGCAGCCAUGGACCAUCCAAACGUAUUGCCGUUGCUGGGCUACUACUACGGCCAGGAUGAAAAGCUUUUAUUCUUUAACUUCGCGCAAAACGGCAACCUGUUCAAUCGAAUCCAUGGAGAACGAAAGGGACCAAACAGAAUUCCAUUCAAAUGGAGCUCAAGGUUAUCGGUGGCGCAUGGCGUGGCUCGAGCAAUGAAGCACUUGCACCUGAACACCAAAGAAUCGACUGCGAUACCUCAUGGGAAUCUAAAAUCGACAAACGUUCUUCUCGAUGAGAACGAUGUGGUCUUGGUUUGUGAUUAUGGGCUCGUCUCCCUCGUCCCUCCAUCACUGGCUGUUCGAAGGAUGGUGUCAUAUAAAUCACCUGAUUAUCAGCACCAACACAAAAUUUCUAAGAAGACUGAUAUAUGGAGCUAUGGAUGCCUCCUUCUCGAGCUCCUAACAGGCAAGAUUUCCGCCCACUCUGCACCAGAGGGGAUCCAGGGUGUGGAGCUGUGCAAUUGGGUCCACCGAGCAGUUCGAGAGGAGUGGACUGUUCUAACUUCUGCGUUUGGAGCCAUGGUAAGAAACGUGAGUGAGAAUAUAAUUGGCUCAAAGAUAAACCUUCCUGGAAAAGAAAAUUGUGUUCCCCAUAGCUCAAGGAUGUACUUCACUCAUGUGAACCAUCAGCAGACAUCUGCCAUGGAUCUAAAAUCUGCCAACCUCUCUGAAUACAAUGUCCCAUAG